AUGGCUUCCGUGCCACAUUUGGCAGUUACUCGAGAAAACGAAACGUCAGAAGACAAUACUCCAUUACAUUGCGCAUCUCAGAGAGGGGACCUUGAAGUGGUAAAGUAUUUAAUGGAUAAAGGGGCAAAGACCGACGAACAGAAUUCAUGGAAGGCUACUCCAUUGCACUGGGCGGCAGGUAGAGGAGACAUUGAAGUUGUCAAAUAUUUUGUAGAAAAUGGCGCAGAUAUCACUUUGAAAAAUGAUCACCAGGAUACACCGUUACAUAAGGCUUCUGAAGGAGGGCAUCUUGACGUGGUCAAGUAUUUAAUCCAGAAAGGAGCAGAAGUGAAUGCGACGAAUGACCUGAAGGACACACCGCUGCAUAAGGCUGCUAGCGGAGGUCGCCUUCAAGUGGCCAAUUACUUAAUAGAAAAUGGGGCGGAGGUGAAUUCGAAGAAUGAAAAAGAGCUUACCCCGUUGCACCAUGCAUCUUUUUCGCGAAGCCUUUCAGUGAUGCAGUGCUUGGUGGAACACGGAGCUGAGGUCGAAGCGAGGGAUAAUGAAGGGUUGCCUUCUAAUUUUGUGUGUACUUUAAAAGUUCCUGACAUUUACAAGCAUCCUGGUUUUAAAAAAAAGCUAAAAGAAUUUCUUGCUGCUUGCAAAACUGAUGCUCCAGUUGGUGGGAGUUGUUGUGCAUUUGGAACACCAUGUUAA